AUGAACGACGACGAUCGGCUCACGCGGCAUUCUUCGUUGCAGGUGGUGUCCGACCAGGUUAUGGGUCAGCACAGGCUGAAGCGACUUUUCCCACCGAUCGGUGCUCAUCUCCAGCUGGCCGUUGGCCGACGACAGUCUGGCAAUUUGUCGUCUUCGGCGGUCUUCGGACAGCCUCCAUUGAUCGUCCCGUCCGGCCAGGUGAAACGCAGUAACGGCGAUACGGUGGUGCAGAAUUACUUGCAAUUCAUCACACCCGAUUUGCGCUGGAUCGCGCCUCUGUGUCGCAGCCCACCUUCUCUCACCGUGACCGUUGAAAGCGGCCUUCGCGACCCCGGUCCCUAG